AUGGAACGCAGCAACACUCUCCAAAAUAACAACCACCCUCCAACACAACAACUACCCUCUAAAACUACCACCACCCUCCAUAACCACUACUUCAUAGACACCACCGCUACCACCACCACCCACCAACACCACCACAACAAUCCAACACCACCAUCACCACCCACCGCUACCACCACUACCACCACUACAAUCCAACACAACAACCAAAGAAUACUUAUCUCUUUUGCUGUGUUGUUUUUCAUCGCUGAGGGCCGGGAGCUGACUGCCACUUUAACGGUCAAGGGAGGCGAUUGGGGAUUGUGGGGAAAGGUGGCAUACUGUCCAGAGGGGAGUUUUGCAGAUGGUUACAAAAUGAAGAUUGAGCCAAAACAGUACUUGGGAGAUGACACUUCGCUUAACAGAGUUGCCCUUUAUUGUAGGGACGGAGUAUCUUUAGAAGAGACUGGCGAGGUCACACCUCACCCACACAUCAAAGCAUUUGGUUCCUGGGGCUCCAAGACUUCUUGUCACGAGGGAGACUUCCUGAUGUCAUUUGCCCUGCAGGUGGAGAAGCCUCAGGGAGGAAGUGAUGAUACUGCGGCCAACUUUCUGAAGUUUACAUGCAGAAACAUCACAAUGGGAGAACCUUAUGUAUUAGCUCAACAACCAGGGGUGGGUUACUGGGGGACAUACGGAGAAUGGAGCCAAACUUGUCCCCAUGGUUCUGCCAUCUGCGGAAUUCAACAGAAAAUAGAGUCCUUCCAGUCAAUAUGGGGAGAUGACACAGAACUUAACAAUAUUAGAUUUUAUUGCUGUAAGCAUUCGUAA